AAGUACGUACGUACGUACGGGUACUAUGUAGUCACUGCCAUGGAUCGUCACCCUAGGCUUGAACAGCCCUUCUGUUGUGACCACCGACCUUGUUUACCAUGGCCAUGGAAUGGUCCACCCUGUUCCUGGAUCCACGAGCUUCCAAAGACCUUAAUGCCUCCCGCGCACUUAUCAUUGUUAACCAACCGUUUAAUACCAGAUUGUUGAAGACCCUCUGGGCCGCUUGCGAGUGGCGUUCUUGCGCUGACGGAGGCGCUAAUCGUUUGCAUGAUGCCUCGAGCACAGCUGGUGGUCCCGAUCUUCGAAGUUCUUUCCUCCCUGAUAUGGUGAAGGGAGAUCUCGACUCCUUGCGGGAGGAUGUGAAAUUGUACUACAUGUCUCAGAAUGUACCAGUAAUCUACGAUUCCGACCAAGAUUCUACGGAUUUGAUGAAAUGCGUGCAAGCGCUGGAAGAGAAAGAACGUUUAACUGGGAAAGAGUUCGAGAUUGUGAUCCUGGGAGGUCUCUCCGGAAGAUUGGAUCACACUGUGCAUAUGCUAUCAUACCUUCACAAACUUCGCAAGACCCGCAAACGCGUCUACACAGUGACCGACGAUAAUGUGGGAUGGGUCCUGGAUGAGGGCGAACAUCUCAUCCACAUUAACUAUGACAUAUUGGGACAAACAUGCGGGCUCCUCCCUGUUGGUAUCAACUCAACCAUCUUGACAACAACUGGAUUGCGAUGGAACCUGGACAACACAGAGUCAUCUUUUGACGGACUUGUGUCCACGUCAAAUCAUCUCGUACCAGGGCAAGACGUCACGAUCAAGACCUCGAAACCAAUUUGGUGGUGCGCAGAGUUAAGGAACCACUAGAUGCAUAGGCGACAUUCACUACAUAAUAUUAUGAUUAUGGUCUAUAGAGUAGCUGUAAAUCGGCCUUGCUCCUCGUUUAGAAAUAUCAUGGUGAUGUCCUU